UUAUAUGAAUAUAUUUUUUCUAGCCCUGAUGGAAAAAAAUUUCGUUCCAAAAUUGAAUUGGCUCUCUAUCUAACAAGUACUAAAUCAAAUUUAAAGGCAGAAGAAUUUGAUUUUAGUGUUCGUGGGAAAAAAAGUAAUCAGUUAUCUUCAAGAUCUGAAUCAGAUGAAGCAAAGUCUGGUAAACGUAAAGCAUCUUUGUCACCCCCACCAUCAUCUCCAUCUGCAAAAAAGAAAAAAGAUAGUCCUAGUGGAGAUUCUAAAUCCAAAGGGACCACAGGAAGAAAAAAAUUAUUAGUAAAAUUGCCAUUUCCAUCACCAAAAAAGCGUAUUCUUUCUGAUUAUGCCCAUCAGAGUCAGUCAGAACCAGAAGGAACAGAAGUGGAAAAAUCACCUGCAGGAAAAUCUCCAAAAUCCCAAGAUCGUAAUCAAUCUAAGAACUCUAAAUCUUCCAAGAAGACUAAAAAAGCAGCAAAGAAAAGUAAAAAAAGUGGUUCUCGUGAGAAAAGUAAACACAAGAAAAAAGUGAAAGGAGGUAUUAAUGACACAAGAUAUGAAGUGGAAGAUGAUGUUGUCAGCAGUCCAUAUUUUAAUUCUUUUCCUUUGGAUAGCACAUUAAUAUCGGUUUUAGAGUUCAACAAUUUCAAAAAUCAUGAUCAGAAUAAACCAGACAUUUGUGAUUUAGAAAAGAAAAACAGUGAUUCAAACAAUGUUCGGGUUUUAAAAUCAUCUGGUAGUAGUAGUCCCUAUUUUUCUCGAAAACAAUUGAUUGAAGUUCCUCAGUCCCUGAAAAUGUGGAAGAUGAAACAGAAAUGGACGCCGCCAAAAUCUCCAUUUAAUCUCAUUCAAGAAAGUCUCUAUCACGACCCAUGGAAGUUAUUAGUAGCAACUAUAUUUCAUCAUCGUACCACAGGUAAAGCAGCAGCACCAGUACUUUGGAAAUUUUUAGAACAUUUUCCAACUCCAGAAGAUACAUGUAAAGCUGAUUGGAAAGAAAUAGCUAAAUUAUUGUUACCAUUAGGUCUUCAUGAAAAACGUGCAAAAAUCAUCAUCAGAUUUUCAGAUGAAUAUCUAACCAAAGAUUGGACAUAUCCAAUUGAACUUCAUGGAAUUGGAAAAUACGGAAAUGAUUCUUACAGAAUUUUUUGCAUCAAUGAAUGGAAAAAGGUGAAACCUACUGAUCAUAUGUUAAAUAAAUAUCACAAUUGGUUGAAGCAGACCAUUUUGGAUUAGGUAUUUUAAAAUAUAUUUUAAUUAAUUUAUAGCAUGAACACUUUCAGAAAUUUUUAUUCAAGUGU